AUGGAUAAAAGUAUAGGAACAUUAUAUCAUAAACUAACAAAUUUCUUCCAUACGAAUACUUCAACAUCAUCAUCUUCGACUGCAUCGUCCACAAGUACAUCAAUUCCGAUUUCGACAUUUUUUGAUCGAUUAAUUCCAUCUACAUCAAAUGUUCAUACACCAGCUAUCCAUCGACGUCGUAAUACUCCGCUUCUUUCUCGUCAAAUAUCAAUUAAAACAAAUGAUCAUCAAUUCCCAUCGCAAACAUAUUCAGCUUACAUUCAGAAAAAACCAUCAAUUAAAACUCCCAAACAACACUAUUCAGAUACUGGUGAAGAACGAACGAGCGAUCAGUCAUUGAACUAUACAUCACCAUCGUCUCAAUAUCAGCACGAAACGAAAGCACCUACGCCUGGAAUGGACGAUGCAGAAUUUCGUCGGCGUGGAAAAGAAAUGGUUGAUUACAUCGCCGAUUAUUUACUUCACAUCAGUGAUCGACGAGUGACGCCGGAAGUUGAACCGGGCUAUUUGCGAUUCAUGUUACCGAAAACUGCGCCAGAAAAAAGUGAAAAAUGGGAUGAUAUCAUGCAAGAUGUCGAGCAAGCAAUCAUGCCCGGAAUAACACAUUGGCAACAUCCACGUUUUCAUGCGUAUUUUCCGGCGGGCAAUAGUUACCCAUCGAUUCUUGGCGAAAUGCUCUCUGCUGGCCUUGGUAUCGUUGGCUUUUCGUGGGCGGCCAGUCCAGCGUGUACAGAAUUAGAAACGAUCAUGUUAGAUUGGAUCGGUCGUAUGAUGUCAUUGCCUGUUGCUUUUCUACCCUUUGAUCCUCAUCAGCAUUAUAAAGAUAGUGACGAUUCAUCGUUUUCUCAAACCGACGAUGACGAUGAUGAGUCGAGCGAGGAUCGCUCUGUUGGCAACGAUGAUGAACUUUUUAUAAAAAAACAAACUGAUCAUAUUGGUGGCGGUGUCCUUCUCGGUUCAGCAAGCGAAUGUAUUCUCGUCGCUAUGUUGGCCGCUCGAACAAAGAAAAUCACCAGCAAACGACAAAGUGAUCCACUGAUGGAAGAUGGGCAAAUUCUCGCACGAUUGGUUUGUUACACAUCGAAACUAGCACAUUCAUGCGUCGAAAAGGCUGGAUUGAUUGCGAUGGUUCGCGUUCGUCAAUUGGCAGUUGAUGAACACUUUUCACUACGAGGUAAAACACUGGAAGAUUCUAUUCGAGCUGAUAAGGAAAAUGGUUUAAUACCCUUUCUGGUGUCAGGUACACUGGGUACAACAUCCUGUUGUUCGUAUGAUAAUCUGAAAGAAAUCGGUGAAAUAUGUCAACGUGAAGAACUUUGGUUUCAUGUUGAUGGCGCUUAUGCUGGCAGUGCAUUUAUUUGUGAAGAAUAUCGUUAUAUUAUGGAAGGUCUUCAAUAUGCAGAUUCAUUCAAUACAAAUCCAAAUAAAUGGUUACUAAUGAACUUCGAUUGUUCAUGCUUCUGGGUUCGCGACAAGUUCGCGUUGAUCAAUGCUAUGUCAGUUGAUCCACUCUAUUUACAACAUAAACAUGCUCAACAAGCAGUUGAUUAUCGACAUUGGGGUGUUGCAUUGAGUCGCCGAUUUCGUGCACUUAAACUUUGGUUUACAAUCCGAAGCUAUGGCGUUGAAGGUCUACGACAUUACAUUCGAGAACAUUGUCGUUUAGCGAAAGUAUUUGAAUUAUUACUUAGUGCAGAUCCUCGUUUCGAUAUUAUUGGUGAUGUUACUCUAGGUCUUGUUUGUUUUCGUUUGAAAGGUAGUAACAAAUUGAGUCAAAAAUUACUCUUAUCUCUCAACGAUUCCGGUCAAAUUCAUAUGGUUCCAUCGAUGGUCAACGAUUUAUACAUUAUUCGUUUUGCUGUUUGUGCUAAACAUGCCACAGAUGAUGAUAUGCAUGUUGCUUUUCAUGUAAUACAAGAGCACGCAGAUAAUGUCAUUACUGAGUAUCGUGUUCAACGUGCCGGACGACAAUCAGCAUCCGCUGAUUCACUAGAAGCUGCUUUGAAACAAGCAUCAAUAACGAGUCUUGAGCGAGAAAUAACACCAUCGCAUGAUAGAGUCGUUUUAGAAGCACCAAUCGAAGUGACAAACUAUCCAAUUCCAAAAUUUCGAUCUAAUACUAUCACAACAAUGACGCCACAUCAUCGUGUCACGUUUGAAAAGCCAAUAGCUAACCUUCUGAAAGAGAAACGGUCGCGUCCAAUGUUUGUUCGUAUGGUAUCAGAUGCAAAGCUCUAUAAUCCUAAACGAACUAAUCCGCAAUUAUCACGUCAAUCAUCACUAGUCACACCGCGAGGACGAAAACGAAUUCAAAGUGAGCUGGGUAACCAUGCUACACGAUCGUCGAGCGAACGAUACCUCUCACGUACAGUCAGUAUUCUCGAAACCGUCAAUUCUGAUGAAGGUGAACUUGAUGAUAUCAAACAAUAA